GUUCAGAACUUGAACUUGAACUUGAAGCAGCUUGCGCCAGCUUCGGAAGGCAGAAGGGCCGGACAGGGCCGCGAAUCAGAGGCAAGAGGUGGCUAUGGAGGGCGCUGUGCCACCUUGCCAGCAGCUCCCGCUCGCGCCAGUCAUCCCCCAGCAUCUCUCACAGGUUAGCAUUUCAUCGUUGCCAGAGGUGCUCCUGCACAGCAUCAUAGCCUCCACUAGCAGUCUUCUGGACAGGAAUAACGUGGCGCUAACAUGCAAGGGAUUCCGGGACGUGGAGCGUGCUACAAGGGUGACACUACGAGUGCGGCAGUCCCCCCCAAAGUUCCUGCCAAAGUUAGGGUUUGCAGGGUUCCGGAAUGUAACUGAGCUUGACCUGUCCGCCUUGGACCUGAGAGCCCAUGAGCGUGCUGACUUCGGGUUUUCGAAUAAGCAUAGGGAGACUGUCGCAAGGGUUCUUAGAGAGGGUCUGCCCAACGUGAAGUCGCUCAGGGUGCGCCAAGAAUCCUUCAUGACGAGGUGUGCUGUCCAAGCUUGGCCCUGCAUGGAAAAGCUUGAGAUCCAGGAGUGUCCAAGAGGUACCGAGGAUCCUUUCUGGAUAGACCUUGAUUGGGUGCAUGUACUAGGCAAGCUGAGUUGCCUGGUGGAGCUCUCAUUUAUUCCCAAACCUUGGGCAAAAGGCAUAAGGAGUAUAAGGGAGCCUUUUGAGGGUUUCAUUGUGAGUCUAGGACAGUCACCCAGGCAGUACCCGUCUCUCACUGCGCUCCGAAGCUGCUUCUUUGCAACAGACAAGGUGCUUUCAGUCAUUGGGAAGGCGAUGCCGAACCUCACUUCUCUGGACCUGAUCAACAACCUGCUGGAUGUCUACUAUAAUGGCAAUGCCAUACUGACGAACGAGGGUAUAAAGCACCUGAGCACUGAUUACCCGCUUCUGACGGAAUUGAAAAUUGGUGGGGAUGUUCCUUCACACACGGCGCUGGACUUAAAGGCAGUUAAUCUAGACGUAGUUGGCAAAACGGCUUUGCGGGCUUUUUGCCAAUCUCAAUUGAGCUCGCUGUGCUUGGAAGGACCUAUGUCUUUGCAACUUGGCGUGAUGGUGGACCAUUUGAUUUCUAGCCGACAGAAGAAGCUACAUCUUCAUUGGUCGGGCUGGCGUUUAGAGGAGUCCAAGGAUUCUGAGAAACUGAGUAGUGUGACGAAUCUGACGGAUGUGUCCCUUGGAUACUUAGCUGAGAAAGAAGUGAACUUGGAGAGGCUUAGAGAGUUGGUGCUCACAAACAAACGUCUGUCGCAACUGGAGCUUGUAAUUCAUCCAGGGGGCUAUUGGAGAAACUCCUUAUGGAGGGACACCUUGGGGUUUGUAGUCACGAAUGCAAGGAGCCUGGUUUCGUUCACUUUCGCAUCGGAUACAAGUGGGCCAACCAUCCUAGAAGUAGUGUCGAAGUUGUCGCCUGCGCGAAUGCGGUUACAGGCUUUGAAGCUGCGACUGUGGGGCGUAGGGGUCGUCGUGCACAGUCAAGAAGACUGGCCAGCAUUGAGAAAUCUGAGCUUGGAGUUCCAUGAUGAUUGCAUUGAGCAGCAAAACCUGGGGUGCUGGCUGCAGACUUGUUCCGACUUGACCAGUCUCAGAUACCAGUGCAUCACAAGGUCGUUGAGCAAAUACUCCGCUCUGCCUUUCCUGGUCAGUCUGCAAAGCCUUCGCCAUCUCGAGGUUGCAAGGCUGUGA